AUGGCCAACUCUGGACCGGGCUUGGAUAUUAGUGAUAUCUCCAACAGCGAAUACAUUGCUUCGACCUCUAAUCCGCAAGUACUCAUCGACCAUGACUCUUCCUUUACCAUCCAAGCUAUCUUUCAGAACAGUUCCAUUGAGCCAUUGAGAAGACAAAGGUUUCCCAACACAGAGGAAGUGAAUAUCUGCGUGUAUAGUUUCUCCUCCUGAAGUCCGGUAUAUUUUGUUUCCAUCCGAAGCUGAACUCAAAUCCACAGAUUGGUUCAAUAUAACUUCCACUUUCUUUGAUUCUAACCAAUCAGAUGCUUUAUCAGCAGCUUUUUGUCCAACAAACUCAAGCAAUCUUGGUCCUUUAUGCACCAGAGUAACCUUCUUCUCCGGGAAAUCAACCGCGAUUUCCGCAGCUAGCUC